AUGCCUGAGUUGUCAAAGGCUCUUUUACAGACGCACGCAACCACUACAGCGCGUCCGGGGCCGCGACGUCAUCUUGCAUCAUGGGGCAUCUUCAGCGUAUCCGGGGCAUCGACAUCAUCCCGCGUCAUAGGGCAUCACUACACGCUGCGCUCGCUCCGCCAGCGCCUGCAGGGCCGCGUCAUAGGGCAUCACUACAAAUGUAAUGUGGAACCCGGAGGAGUGGCCAACCAUAGAAUGGUGAUUCGGAGAACCAAAUGGAGGAAUGGUGUUCUGGAUAUUUUGGUGAAGGAGUGUGACGACUUGCGCUGCGAGUUACCCGAGAACCCUUCACUAAAUGACAGUCGUGAUCAUUACCCUAAAUUAAGAAUGCCUAACUUCACCGAUGGUAAUGACGAUAUAGAUGAUUUUUUACGUAGGUUUGAGAAAUUAGCAGGUUUGCAAGGAUGGGAUUCUAAUGAUUACCAUAUUUAUCUCGGUUCACUCUUGGGAGGUAAGGCCUUGCAAAUUUACGUGAGUUUGCCAGACGACGUUCUAAAGGAUUACAGUCAAUUAAAAGAUGCAUUGUUGAAGGCGUAUAACGUUGACGCAGACUCCUAUCGUAAAAAGUUCAAAGAAAGUAAAGCUGGUGAAAACGAAACUCACGUUCAGUUAAUUACGAGAAUGACCCAGUAUUUAGAUCACUGGUUAAUCAUGAGUGAUGUAGAAAGGGAGUAUAAAUCGCUGUUUGACUUCUUGAUACGCGAUCAGCUGUUGAGUAAUUGCCCUCUUGACCUUCGCAUCUUUCUCAAAGAGCGAACGUUCGUUAGUACAGUGGAAAUGGCCCAAGCAGCGGAUAGGUUUCGUUGCGCCCAUAGAGCUGUCAGAAGUCGUAAAACGCCUGUUAAUGACGACACUACUUUCAAGAACGACCCGAAUGUUUCCCUUAAGGAUGUGAUUUGUCACCACUGUUCUAAAGCGGGUCACAUACGUCCUUCUUGUCCCGAACUGAAAUUCUCCAAAUCUAAGACUUCUCAGAAAGUAAAUGCCGUAUUUAAGGCUGACAUAAAUUACGAUCACGGUAUUACGUGUGAAGGAUCGUUGUAUGGCAAGCCGGUAAAAGUAUUUUUUGAUUCAGGUUGCUCGUCAAUUAUAGUUAAGGAAUCGCUCGUGCCCGCCUCGGUCAAGCGAGGAAAGGUGGUUGCGUUGUAUGACUACCUAGGGGAGCGGCGCGAAUUCCCCACCGCACGUUGUCUGAUUAGGAGUAAAUUCCUAAAUGGAUGGUUUAACGUCGUGGUCGCCCCGAUAAAGUUCACGGAUAUACUCAUCGGAAUGGUGCCGGGUGUCAAGGUGUCGAGCGUGAACAUACCAAAUAUGGAAGUAACCGAAACUCCAACUCCUCAGAGGAGCGAAGUUAAUGUUGUCGCAACACGGGCCGCCAAAGCGAAGGAAAAUCUCGGUCCUGAUAAAUUAAUUGUUCCUGACUUCCAAUUUGAGAACAUCUCGAAACCCGAUUUCAUAGAUGCUCAGUCUUCCUGCCCUUCUUUAGAACACAUUCGCUCUAAAGAAAUAAAUAAAACCAUUGUUACUGUAAAAAGUCGCUCAGUAAAGUUCGAACGCGUGAAUGGGUUGAUUUACCGAAUUUGCGUAAAGAGUAAACACGAACACGAAUUCGGUGAGAAACAAUUGGUUGUGCCCCGUAAAUUUAUUCCUAUAAUUUUGUCUAUGGCUCACGAUUCACCACUGGCGGGCCAUUUCUCUCAUCGAAAGACUGCAGAAAAAAUCUUUCAUAAAUUCUUUUGGCCAGGAGCAGGCGCAGAGAUCAAACGCUACUGUCGCUCUUGUCAUGCUUGCCAGAAAACCGUUCCUAAAGGCAAAAUCAGAAAGGCGCCUAUGGUUCAGAUGCCAGUUAUAAGCGAACCGUUUUCCCGAGUGGCGAUUGAUAUCGUCGGGCCGAUCUCCCCGCCCUCUAGCCGAGGCCACAAGUAUAUGCUGACCUUGAUUGACAUGGCCACCAGAUUUCCCGAGGCAGUUCCUCUGAGAAACAUAGAUUCUGUAACUGUUGCUGAAGCGUUGCUAACCAUUUUCGCUCGUGUGGGAAUACCUAAAGAGAUUCUUUCUGAUCGUGGUACUCAGUUUAAGUCUGAUUUAAUGGCAGAGAUCAACCGACUGCUUUCUAUUAAAGCAUUAUACACUACUCCGUAUCAUGCGUGUUGUUCCUGCCCCUUAGAGCCAUGUGCUUAUUACCAUAUUCCCGAAGAUGCACACAGCGAGGAUGACCCCUACGGCUAUUAA